AUGCGAUGCGAUGAGCAAAAGAGUUGUGCACAACAGACCUUGGACAUGUCGAAAUCUCAUGGGAUCCGAAUUCCCGGCGUGUUGCUUGAUGAGCUGAAAGCUACUGACUAUGACGGUGAUGACAGAUUUGCGACCAAAAAGCGGAAGCAAAGCUCGCAGAUAGGCAGAAAGGAAAAGCGAAAGCAGCAAAGAAUGGCGAAGAAGCAAACCAGACAGGGCCACAAACAAGAGUCUGAAAGAAAGGGCCAAGGGCAUGAGAGUAAAGGUCAUGCCAAAGUCAAGAAUAAUAAAAACGCGAAGAAACCCUCAAAGCUCACAGAGAAGAAGCGCCAGGCCGCCCCAGCCAAAGCGGCUAAAGAUGUGAGUAAUCCUUUCUCCUCCGACGAUGAGCUUUCCUCUGGCGAUUUCGAAGAAUUUGAUGAAGAGGAUCUCGAUUCAGAAGAGUGGGAGCAGUUGCGCGACUUAGAAGGCACGGAUGAUGAAGAUGAGAAGGCAGAAGAAGAAGACGAUGAUGAUUCUCAUCAAAGCGUCAGCGAGAGCUCUGACGAAAGCGAAGCCACUAUGACCCCUGAGGAAACCAUGGCAGCUCUGAAAAGGGCUAAAGAGAAGAAAAACGCUGCUCAAACUCAACAAGCAAGAGCUCAACAUAGUGAGAGCGAAGAAGAAGAAGAAGAAGAAGUUGACGAGCAGCUUUCAGAGUUUGAUGAGUCUGACUCCGGAGAUGAUUCCGAAUCACAAGUUAUGACUGUGGAGGAAACCAUGGCUGCUCUGAAAAGGGCUAAAGAGAAGAAGCUUCAACAAAAACAUGCUGCUAAGGCUGAUAGACGUGAAGAGAGAAAUGGCAGAAAUAUUAAAAACGCAGAAGAAGCGUUUUCUGGUCAAGAUGAGUCGGAGGCUGAAGGUAUGACCGCAGAGGAAACAAUGGAAGCUUUGAAACAAGCCAAAGAGAAGAAGAGAAAACAGUCAAAGGGUCAUGCCUCAAAGGACAGCAAAGACGAAAAGUUUGCUACGCCAGCUCUUUCCCCUUCAGAAUUAGCUCAGGCUGAAAAGGAUAAAUGGGAUUAUGAUUACUAUGCCAAGAAACUGGGCAUGAAAGGCAACAAAAAGAAAUUGAAAGCCAAGGAUGAUUUUGAUGCCAUCGGUGGCCUUCUCGAAGGGCUUGAUUUCUUUGAAAACUAUACAAGCGACGAGGUUCAAUCAUCUAGCGGAGAAAGCGAAGAGGAACAAUCAAGCGACGGGGGAGAAGAUGAAAGCGAGCCUGAGGAGGGAUCAAGUGACGCAGGGAAGGCAUUUUCCUCUGACGACGAGAUCUCAGAAGGCGACUUUGACGAAUUCGAUGAAGAAGACCUGGAUGAAGACGAGUGGGAACAGCUUAGGGAACUCGAAGGUGGAGAAAAGCCUGCAAAAAGCUCAAAGAAGGAGAACCCGUACGCCGCGCCUGUGUCUGCAGCUUCCGCAUACGUUCCACCUUCUCUCCGAAAGAAGAACUUAGAAAACGUUGAAUCCGAAACCGCGAUCGAGGUUGGAAAAAAGGUCAAGUCAUCUUUGAACAAACUAUCUGAAUCGAACAUUACUGUCAUAGUUAGCGCGCUCAACGAAAUUUACGACUCAUAUCCAAGACAGCUUGUCAACGAAGCACUUGCACAUCAAACGCUGCAAAUUGUUGCUCACCGUGAUAAGUUGCUGGAUAGCUUCAUUAUAAACUACGCGGCUGUUGUUUAUAGUUUGUGGAGAUUGAGAGGAACAGAAGUCGGAGCCUCAUUCAUACAAACGUGGGUCGAAAGACUUCUUGAGUCGUAUCACAGUGAGCAGCAGAGGCUCGAAAACGAGAAAGAGCAUGGCGGCCCUCUGAUUGCAUCGAAAGAGUGUAACAACCUGAUAGCAUUGCUUUCUUACUGUUACAACUUUGGCCUUAUUUCUUGCCGUCUGGUCUAUGACUUGGUCAAGGUUCUCAUCAGCACCCCUAAUGAAUUCACAACCGAGCUUUUGCUUAGAGUAAUAUCAAUAUCUGGGCAGCUGAUCCGUGGCGACGACCCUAAAGCAUUGAAAGAAAUUAUUGUGGAGCUCUUGAACAGUGUUAAAACCGUUCAACAGUCCCCUAGAAUGAAGUUUCUGCUAGAGGUUAUGUCUGAUCUCAAAAAUAAUCGUCUGAAACCAUCACUGUUAGCACUAAGUCAUAGUGGGCUAAAGAAACAAUUAUCGAACUUCUUGAGUAACACCGCGACUGCAGCCAACGAUCCCUUACAGGUGAGCUUAUAUGAUAUUAAUAACAUCGAGACCAGGGGUAAGUGGUGGUUGGUUGGUGCGUCGUGGAAGGGAAACAUGGAUUCCGCCUUUGAGAGUAGAAAUGAUUCGAAAACAGGCUCUGAUAACGCCAUUCAAUCAAGUAUUCUCAUUGAAGACAACAUUCUCGAUGAUAUACCGGAUUGGAGCGAAAUAGCAAGAGCACAAAAAAUGAACACUGAGGUGAGAAGGGCUAUUUUUGUAAGUAUCAUGUCCGCGCAGGACUUUCUGGACGCUUUUGCCAACAUCGAGAAAUUGAAUCUCAAGAAUAAACAGAGUUUAGAGAUACCUAGGGUCCUGGUGCAUUGUCUCACAAUGGAAGGCACCUCCGGCUCCUACAAUCCAUUCUAUACGCUUUUAGCGAUCAAAUUAUGCCAGCAUAACCACCAUAUCGCAAAGUCCUUUCAAUUCAUGUUCUGGGACAUGACAAAAAAGUUCGAGCACGAAGAGGACUCUUCUGAUGAAGAAGGCUUUGCGUCCGGAGAAGAAAUGGAUGAAAACGAAAGCCUUAAGAAAAUUUCCUGCCAAGGAAAGUUUUUUGGUACUCUUCUAGCAGAGGAGGUCCUGAAGCUUGACGUCUUCAAGCAUGUUCCUCUCAUGGGAGGAUUGAACGAGGACGGAACUUUAUUUAUGGAAGUUCUUCUUUUCCAGUUUCUGCUAUCCAUCGGAAAGAAGUGCGAAAAGAAAACCAAGAAAGGUUCCCAAAGGAUAUACACUUAUGAAGAUGGCGUUUUUGAGAGACUUAUCGAACAAGGGCUGAAACUGGAAAAUAAAUCAAGCAUAUUCAUGGCCCUCAAAGUGUUCCUUGGCAAAAGACUCAAGUAUCAUGCUUAUAUUACAGAACCCAAGGAUUCGAAGGGCUACGAGAGGGAAAAAAGAAGACUAGAUUGGGCUACAUCGCGUUUCGGGGAGGUUCUUGCAGAUGAAAUUGAGCCUUCUGAGUAG